AAAGAUUACGAGUGUCAUCAACUCUAUGUGACCCGUCACGGCCCGGCAGCAUCGAAAUCUCUAUUCAGAACGCUUGACUCGACGGACAAAGGAUGGCGUCCACCUUCUUUACAUGGGUCCGCUCUCCCGCUGCGCGAGAGUACUUCUUCAGUACACAUUUCUGGGGUCCUGUCGCUAACUGGGGCCUUCCGCUCGCCGCAAUAGCAGAUCUAUCGAAGGACGAAGAGUUCAUCUCUGGGACAAUGACAACAGCACUCAUGAGUUACUCGAUGGUUUUCAUGCGUUUUGCAUGGCGCGUGCAGCCGCGUAAUUAUCUUCUACUCGCGUGCCAUGGUACCAAUGCUGCAGCGCAAGCAUUACAAGAAACGCGCUUCGUCAAUUACUGGUACUACGGGGGACGAGAGAAGAAGCUUGGUGUUUCCGUAGACCAAGUUGCCGACAAGGCCGUCGGCAAGGUCACAGAGGCCGUUAAAGCAGUUCAGGAUGCGAAAAAAUGAUUAUCAGCCCACACUAAUAGUAUCCAAUGCUCUGCACUACCAAAAAUCAUCGUCAC